AUGCCCCUCGGCUCGACGCCCUAUGGAGCCAACGUGGGGACUUGGGAGGCGUGCUUGGACCUCUGCCGGGACACCACGGGCUGCGAGCAAGUGGUCUACCGGGAUGGGUACUGCUACGGCAUGAGCGAGUCCUCCGACGAGGACCAGGAUGGGCUGGGCGGCAGCAAUGAGCACUACACCUCCGCCCACUGCACUUCUGCGAACACCAUCGAGAUGUGCGCAGCUGCGGCCUUGAACCUGUACACGGACGUGGAAAUCCAGGGCUUCGCCUUUCCGAAGGCUCUGCAGGUGUCCCUGGACUCCAAGUGGCUGGAGGAUGCCCUGGAAGAUGCCAUUCUGCUGGGCGCACAAGCCAUGAUCGACAUGAUGAUUGGCCCUGCUGCUUGCAUUCCGGGGGCCAACUACGCCACGCGCAAGAUCUCGGAAGUGGCUCAGGGCGCGGUCGGCUUGGUGAAGGGCCUGAUUCCUGAUCUCAGCCUCGACUUCUCGACGCCCUCCAUGGUGCUGCUGGCGCCCAAGAAGCUCUUCUGCGUCGAGGUCGCCAAAACGCCUGGCUUUGAUACAGCACCUUGCAAUGCUGAGCUCGGCUGCAGCCACGCAGGUCGUGGCACGCCGCAGCUCGCACAGCAGAAGGACGUGGAGAUGGAGGCAGAGCCCGCCGAACUGUUGCAGCUUGCUGGGGACGCUGCUCCCACGAGGACCUGCACUGUGUACAAGAAGUGGCGCAUGCGCUGGCUUGGCAGUCAUGUGGAAAUGCCGUUGGGCUCUACGCCGUACGGAGCCAAUGUAGGCACCUGGGAGGCCUGUUUGGGUCUUUGCCAGACGACAGAGGGCUGCCGGCAGGUGGUCUACGUCGCUGGGCACUGCUACGGCAUGAGUGUGGCGUCCAACGAAGACCAGGACGGCUUGGGCGGCCACAACGAUCUUUUCACCUCCGCCCACUGCAUCGGUGCCGAGCGACACUGCGACAUCUUCCUGAACUGGCGCAUGGUCAUGGUCCCGGGCUCCGGCAUCAGCCUGGGCAGCCUCCCCUACGGAGAGUUCAGUGGUGGCUGGUUCCGCUGCCUGGAGCUCUGCAAGGAGACGCCGGCCUGCCAGCAGGUCACCUACACCGCGGAGGGGCGGUGCUUCGGCAUGGGCGCUCGUACCCACCAGGAUGCCAAUGGCCUCGCCGGGACCAACUGGGGCUUCACCACCGCCCACUGUUACGGCGAGGUGAGCGGUCCGUCCGUGGUGAUGCAGAGCCCGGGCUGCCCGAAUGUGUUCAUGGGAGAUCGGUUUUUGGACCUGGGCCCGUGGCGCCUGGCCGCCUGGGACGACAACCAUCUCUCCAUUGCCCACAAGACGGGUCAGGCUGCCAUCGUCUUCCGCAGCGACGGGGUGGUGCUCCACCAGCGGACGGAUCUUCUGGCCUUCAGCCGCCCCGUCGCCCCGCCGAAAGGCAUCAAGUUCGGCUUCCAGUUCAUCCAGAUCGGAGAAUUCCGGCUGGGUGCAGUGAACGACAACCACUUCUCCAUCCAGCACUCCGGUGGAAACACCGUGCAGGCCUUCGGCUCAGAUGGCGCCGUCUACCCGGGGCCCCUGGAGGACUUUGGGACGUUCGACCGCCCGGUCAUGGCGGCCGAGGGCGUCAACUUCGGCGAUGGCUUUCUCCAGAUGGGCCGCUUCCGCCUGGUUGUGAUCGGCUCUGAUUUGGUUCUUUCUCACGGCAGUGGCAGCACCAACCAGGUGUGGAAGUCCGAUGGCACUGCGCAGCCCGCCUCAGGGAGCCCGCAUCUGGUAGCCGCCCUGCAGCCUGCGCCGUGGACCUGCAAAGAUCUGCAGGAGCUCGCCUUCGGCGCCUGCGGUGCCUUCGGCGCCUUUGGCGACCGCUUUGUGGAGCUCGGGAAUUGGCGCUUGGCGGCCAUUGAUGCGACACACUUGAGCAUCUCUCACAAGGGCGGACAAACGCCACAGAUCUACCGCGCAGACGGCGUGAUGAUCCCGGGGCGGCACGACUACAGCGCCUGGCAUCGACCGAAAGGCUUUCCCUCCGGCAUCGUCUUCGGCAGCCGCUUCAUUCAGAUUGGAAACUUCCGGCUCGGGGACGCGGACGGGCACCACUUUUCCAUCUCCCACGAGAAUGGAAUCACCAUCCAAAUCUUCCGCAGCGACGGCACACUGCACCCUGGCCCGCGGCACGAGCUGAAUCUCUGGUCGCGCACAGCAGGUCCACCUCAGGGUAUCACUUUCGGGGAUCGUUUCUUGGAAAUUGGCCUGUGGCGCUUUGCAGAUGUGGACGGCGAGCAUUUCGCGCUUUCGCAGGCGGGAGGGCAGACGGCUCAAAUCUUCCGCAGCGACAAUCGGCUGUUCCCGGGACCGAACGCGCACUGGACCGGCGUGUUCGACAGGUAUCCCGAGUACCACUGCGGCUCCAUCCACUCCGUUUUUGGAUCCUGCACCGGGCUUGUCACCGGUGAUCGGUUCAUCCAGUUGGGAGAUUGGCGCCUUGCCGACAUCGAUGGCAACCACUUCUCCCUGUCCUGCAAGACGGGGCAGACUUCCCAGGUAUUCCACCGCGACGGCGCAGUGAUGACCGGUCCUCGCACUGAUUUCGGGGCCUGGAAGCGCGAGGCCAAAGGCCUGGAAGCGCCUGGUGUGACCUUCGGAGACCGCUUCGUUGAGCCAACCGGCUUGGCCAGUGGCGUUUGUGGGCAGAAGGCCACCAGCUUGUCUUAUCCCACCAAGCAGGGACCAGCGAGAUCUUUCAGCGCAAACCUUCAGCCUUUACGCUCUGCAAAGCUCAACGCCCGGAACACCUUCGCCCCCGGGGAGAUUGGCCACUUCCGCCUGGGCGACGUGGACGGUGCGCACUUCACCAUCUCUCACCCGGUCCAUCACAGCACCUUGGGCCUGAGUGAGCACCUGUUUUCUUCAGUGAAAGAAGUUUGA